CUGCUAGUCCAUUUUCUGGAGCUUUCCGUGAGUACUGCGCCGGCACCACGCAACGAGCAUUCGUGAGAUUUCACGCGAGUCAUUGUAUCCUUCACGCGCCGAACGGAGGCGGACGAGAUUGAGUAGUGGUCGUCAGUAGCACGAGGUAGCAUUCUCGGUUUGCAUUCUCAACGUGCAUGAUGGAUCAGGUAGCAGUGUUGAAGGAGAAAGGAAACGCAGCGUUACAAGAGGGAAAGUUCAAGGAGGCCAUCAAGUACUACACAGACGCGAUCACCUUGGAUGGCGAUAACCAUGUUCUCUACAGCAACCGCUCAGCAGCAUACGCCAAGGGUGAGAAGUACGAACAGGCACUGGAAGACGCAGAGAAGACGGUUACCCUGAAGCCUGACUGGGCAAAGGGUUACUCGCGCAAAGGUAGCGCCCUCGCCUACUUGGGCAGGUACAGUGAGUCCAUCAAGGCUUACGAGAAGGGCCUGCAGCUGGACCCCAACAACACGCAGCUCAUGAGCGGCCUGGCUGAGGUGAAGGCUCAAAAAGCGGCCACCACCAAUCCUUUUAGUUCACCGGACAUUUAUGUUAAACUAGCAAGCGAUCCCAGGACGAAAGGAUGGCUGUCGGAUCUUGAAUACCUGAAGCUACUGGAAGACCUGCGAACCAAGCCACAAAGCUUGGGCAGCAGGCUCCAAGAUAACAGGGUGCUCACCACCCUAAGCGUAUUAAUGGGUGUGAGCGCUGACAUGGACAUGGGGAUGGACAGUGAGCAAAUGACUUCGCCGGAACCACGGAAACCCAAACCGCAGCCAAAGCCCGAGAAGAAGGAAGAGGACAACCUUCCGCCCAAGAAGAGAAAAGCUAUGGAGGAGAAGAAACUCGGUAACGAAGCGUAUAAGAAAAGGGGCUUCGAGGAGGCGCUGCAGCAUUACAACACGGCGGUGGAGCUGGACCCGACGGAGAUCAUUUAUCUGCUGAACAUCGCGGCGGUAUAUUUCGAGCAGAAGGAGUACGAAAGGUGUAUCGCGCAGUGCGAGAAAGCGAUCGAGGUCGGCAGGGAGAACAGAGCGGACUUCAAAUUGAUCGCUAAAGCAUUCACGAGGAUUGGACACGCUUACAAGAAAAUGGAGAACUGGAAGCAGGCAAAGGUGUACUAUGAAAAGUCCAUGUCGGAGCACAGAACGCCGGAGAUCAAGACCUUAGUCUCGGACAUAGACAAGAUAAUCAAGGAGGUGGAGAGGAAGGCUUACAUCGACCCGGAGAAGGCGGAGCAGGAGAAGGAACUCGGUAAUCAAAAGUACAAAGACGGCGAUUAUCCCGCGGCGAUCAAACAUUAUUCCGAGGCGGUCCAGAGAAAUCCGGACGACCCAAAGUACUACAGCAACAGAGCGGCCUGUUACACUAAAUUGGCGGCGUUCGAUCUCGGUUUGAAGGACUGCGAGAAGGUCGUCGAGCUCGACCCGAAAUUCAUCAAGGGCUGGAUCAGAAAAGGCAAGAUCCUCCAGGCCAUGCAGCAGCAGGGCAAAGCGCUGACGGCGUACCAGAAAGCUCUGGAAUUGGAUCCACAGAACAGCGAGGCGCUCGAGGGCUAUCGUUCGUGCGCUGUGUCCGUGAGUUCUAAUCCGGAAGAAGUUAGAAAGAGAGCGAUGGCGGAUCCAGAAGUUCAGAACAUACUGCGGGACCCGGGGAUGAGGCAUAUCUUGGACCAAAUGCAGAGCGAUCCAAGAGCUUUACAAGAGCACCUGAAGAAUCCCGAUGUAGCCGCGAAAUUGCAGAAACUUUUGGAGUCUGGACUCAUAGCCAUUCAUUGAAGAAUGAUCAUAUGUAUACCAAUACAUACAUAUAUACAUACAUACGUGAAGCUCUUGUGCGGAGGAAAGUGUAAUUGAGGAGCUGUGUGAACUCUUGUGUAAUAUUUACACUCUGAAAAUAGCUAAGCCGUGGAUUGAUAUCACUACAUGGAAAUUGAUACGCUACAAAUAGUGCUACUAUAUACUAGUAUAUAUGCUAGGUAAAAACUGUAUUUAGAUUAAUCUCUUUCGAGAAAGAAUGAUAAAUUUUCCAUAAAAUUAUUCCUAUAUAUGGGACACAUAA